AUGGAUGAACUUGAUAGUCUUCUAAAUGAGUUGCACCAAACUAAUCAAAGAAUCUUACAGAAAAAUAAUGCUUUCAAUUCAUCCUCCGAAUGCAGUAAUACUGUCGCUCAUGUAACGAAAACGAAGGAACAGACUGAGUCAGACUACACUGUUCUUGAUCCAGGACAAUGCGAAUCUGGACAAACCAUUGGUCGGAACGGUGAUCGUUGGAGUUCUUCACAACCAGAUAGCGUUCAAGAUCUCAACAAAAUGCUAGCUAGUCUUGACAACUUUGAUUACUUGCAUAUUGAUCAAAUUCCACAAGCAUGUCUUGGAUAUGAUCAAAGUGAAAGUGGACAGUUACAUGCAACUCCAAAUUAUCAUACAAAUACGUCAACAUUGAUUGAUAAUCAUUCAGAAAACAAUUUUAAUACUCAACACUCGAAUAAACAAACAAUGUUGGCAGCGAAAGAAGCUGAAAGACAAUUAGACGAUCUGUUACAUUCUUUAAAACAAUUCAAGAUUAAUAAUCAUCAAAGCGAUUCUGGUGCUGAACUACUGAAUAGUAUGAGUAAUUCAUUCAUUGAUAAUUCAGUAUCGGAUAAUCAUCAAACAAAUUCACAAACACCUUCACAUAAGUCUUCUACAACAUCAAAUCAUAACUUUGGUACUAAUAUUAGCACUAGCAGUAUCAAUAAUAACAGUAUAACAGUAGAUAUUAACAGAAAUUAUAAUUAUGAUCAGCAUCAUGAUAAUAAAAUUAAUCAAAAUACUGAUAAUUUGAACAUUACUGCACGAUUACAAAGGCAUAAUGCUAAACGUGUCAUAUCACCGAAAUACGAUCAGAUCAACAAUGUUUCAUCUACGGAACAAGGUCCAACUCAACUAUUAAAUUCAAUGCUUAAUGAUUUAUCGUCUGAACUAUCUCAGCAUGGUGCGAAAACUAAUCCUCGUGGACAGUGUUAUGCUUGUAAAAAGCCUAUAAAUGGAACGUUAAUAACAGCUAUUGGUAAAGAAUGGCAUCCGGAACAUUUCACUUGUGCUAGUUGUCGUGUUGGCUUAGUUCGUCAAGAUUUCUAUGAACGUGAUGAUCAAGCUUAUUGUACUCAAUGUCAUCUACAAAUGUUCUCACCUAGAUGUGGUUAUUGUGGCGAGGCAGUUGUUGAGAAAUGUGUUUUGGCUUUGGCACGUGCAUGGCAUCCUGAGCACUUUUUUUGCUACGAAUGUCAUUCCACUUUUAAUGGAUCGUUAACAGUACAUGAACAGAAUGGCAAAUUUUACUGCUCUAACUGCUAUUUUACACGAUUUGGAACUCCAUGCUCUGGCUGUCAACAACCUAUUACAGAUGCAUACAUAACUGCAUUGGAUAUGCCUUGGCACAAAGAUUGUUUUACUUGUCAUGAUUGUAAUAGAAUACUCACUGGAUCAAGUUUUCAUGAAAUUGAGGGAUAUCCUUACUGUGAUUCUCACUAUUACUCAAGACGUGGAUUAUUAUGCUCUGCAUGUUCAUUACCAAUUACUGGAAGGUGUGUAAACGCACUUGGUAAACGUUAUCAUCCAGAGCACUUUUUAUGUGCUUAUUGUUUACAUCCAUUACAAACCGGUACAUUUAAAGAACAUUCAAGUAAACCAUACUGUCAUCAGUGCUUUACCCAACUGUUUGGUUAG